UUAGCAGCAGCUCAGUGACUUUUAGAGGAAAACUGGUGUCGAUGCUGCUGUUUCUGCUGCUGCUGAAAGCCCACAGACCACAGAGAUGUUCAACCACACGAACAGCAAUGCAGACAGCUGCAUAAAUAGAUCCACGGGUCAACGCAGAGCAUCUCACAACCAGACGAGACUCCAUCUGAGAAGAAGCUCCUCGCUGCUCUCUGAAGCUCCACCAUGUUUUCCUUCGCUGGUUCAGUUUGUCUGCUGGUCCUAAUGGGAGUCGUGUUGGCGUCGGCCGGUCCGGUCCAGUACAUCUCCGACGAGGUGAAGAGAACGCAGGAGUUAAUUGCAGGAGAACUGGGCCUGACGAAGGCAUCGAUCGGCAGCAAUCCUCUGUUCAGUUCAGUCAUGAGGAGCAUCAAUACGUCCUGCCAGAGAGGAGAGAACCUGCAGCUGAUGAACGCCACGCUGGAUGUUUACACCCGGAUCUUCUCCAGCAUCCUGCAGAACCAGCAGCAGCAGCACCGUGGAGCCGGAACCGGAACCGGAACCAGAGCCUCGGCUCUGCUGGACCAGCUGCCCGACGGCCGGCGCUCCGAGGUGGAGGAGGCUCUGAUGAAGCUGCAGCAAAAGAUGGAGAACCUGAAGAACCACAUGAACCCGAGGAACCACAACCGAGACGACGUCCUCAACAAGCUCAACAAGAUCCGGGUCGACGAUCCGACGGUUCAGAAAAAAGCUCUGGCCGAGUUCACCGAGGUGUUUCAGACGGCUUCUGUGAUUGGCUCCCGCAUGUGUUGAUCCCGCCCACAUCACUUCCUCACUCACAGCCUCCAAUCAAACGAGGGGUUUCCACGGCGACUAGACCUCCAGUUUAGUCACAUCCUCUAGGUUUAUCUUUUGUUCAGUGUUUUUAUUUAUGACAUCAUGUUUUUAUUUACAGUUCACAUAUUUAUUGUGUUUAUUUAAGGGGUUAGUUUUGGUCACUUCACUAAACCAGUUCUUCAUUUAACUGAGUUAUAUGUAUGUUCAUGCGGGAUAAUUUAACAUGUUUUAUUUAUGAUUUAUUUAUCCUUAUUUAUUUUUCUUGUGAAACUGCAUUUAUUUUUGGUUUGUUUUGAAUAAAAGCAGAAAUCAGCAUCAAAGAAAAGCUUCAUUUUU